UCUAGGUAGCUUUGCAUUAGCCCAAAACAUUUGGAUUUAUUUAGGGAUUUUUUUCGCUUGAAGUAUACCAUCUAGCUAAUGAUGAGUGCUGUCUCCAUUUUAAAAAGAUCCUUGCGGCGUAAUAUAUAUUUUGUAUGUCUACGAUCCGGAAUAUGGAAUCGCCAACUCUUCAAUCGUCACUGUAGUCGGAUGGCUCUUGGAAAGGCACUUUAUCCGCCGGAUAAGCUCUUGUGCCUAGAGUCGAAUUCUGCUUUGCGAUUUCAGGAUGGAGGGGGCUGCUUGGACUGGAAAGGCUUUCACACCACCAGCAUCAUGUGGUCGGAGCAGGUGGUUAAGGUGCCACCGUUUCCUGACUCCAUUUCCGAAGGUGACAUCAAGUUCACAUGCAAGGUGGGCGAUUCGUUUGCUGCCGAUGAUGCUGUCAUGGAGAUUGAAACGGACAAGACGACGAUGCCGGUGCAGGCGCCCUUUGCUGGCGUCGUGACGGCGAUUCUUGUGAAGAGUGGCGAUACGGUUAAGUCUGGCCAGGAGGUUUUUAAGAUGAAGCCUGGCGCAGCUCCGGCCAAAGCUGCUGCAGCCCCUGCAGCUGCAGCACCAGCCCCAGCACCAGCGCCAGCAGCUCCAGCACCAGCAGCUCCAGCACCAGCAGCUCCAAAGCCUGCACCAGCUCCUGCUCCUGCACCCGCAGCUGCAGCGCCAAAGCCUGCUCCAGCACCGCCCGCCGGAGGAGGUCCGCCCCCCAUAACGGGCACACGAACCGAAACAAAAGUCAAGAUGAGCCGUAUGCGCUUAAAAAUUGCGGCUCGCUUAAAGGACGCACAGAACACCUGCGCCAUGUUAACCACUUUCAAUGAGAUCGACAUGAGCUUUGUAAUGCAAUUUCGCAAGGAGAACCUGGACGCAUUUAUGAAAAAGAAUGGAGUCAAGCUCGGCUUUAUGUCCAUAUUUUCAAAAGCUACUUCUAACGCAUUGCAAGAUCAGCCCGUGGUUAAUGCAGUCAUCGCUGAUAAGGAAAUAAUUUAUCGUGACUAUGUGGAUAUCUCUGUGGCUGUUGCCUCGCCCCGCGGCCUGGUGGUGCCCGUCAUCCGCGGCGUCGAGAGCAUGAAGUACGCAGAUAUAGAGAAAACUCUGGGUGCCUUGGCGGACAAGGCGAAGCGCGAUGCCAUCACCAUAGAGGAUAUGGACGGUGGCACAUUCACCAUCAGCAACGGCGGYGUGUUUGGCUCGCUGAUGGGCACGCCCAUCAUMAAUCCRCCYCAGAGUGCUAUACUUGGCAUGCAUGGCAUCGUGGAACGGCCCAUCGCUGUCAAGGGAGAGGUCAAGAUCAGRCCAAUGAUGUACGUGGCCCUCACAUACGAUCACCGAAUCAUCGAUGGACGCGAGGCUGUGCUGUUCCUUCGGAAGAUCAAGUCCUUCGUUGAGACGCCUGCUGAGCUAGCAACGGGUUUGUAGGAUAUCUUUCUAUUUGAUCUGUGAUUCACGUUGUUCAGUUGAUGUUAUCAAAAUGGACGUCUAUGUCGAAGCUAAGCCAAAUUUUUUGUACUA